UUUUGUGAGUAUAGUGAGAAACUAAGCUGCUGCGCAUCACGACCUCAGGACCUCAGUAGGUCUUUAUUCUAUGAGUAGGUCGUCAUUAUUCUAUGAGGUCGUGCUGCGCAUGCUGCCGCGUCUUGCCUAGGGGCGCAGGAGUAGCAGAUGUGCUUUCGUUAUUUAGCCAAUUGAUUUGGCACUUUCUUUAUUCUAUGUGGUGCUGGUGAAUCGGACGUAAACGGGUAAACGUUCAACCACGUGUUCUGUGGUUCAACCAUUGUGUAAAACGCUUGGUCUGUAGCUUAACGUUUAGUCGUUUUUAGAAGUUGUGCAGCUGUUACAUUACGUGAUCGUCAAGCCGCGCACGCGAACUACGCUUGGUACGCUUUCUGUGCGAUCACCGCUGCGGCAGCAGUAGCAGCAGUAGGGCAGUAGGGCAGUAGUACGUGCGUGAUCCCUGAGCGGUGAACGGCUGAUCAAGAAGCCGGUGCAGUGCGCAACAAGCCUUCGUAAUCAUAAGCUGUGGUGCCGUCUGUGGCUAAGCCCGCCCGACUAUGGAGAACACACUUCGCGAAGUGAUGGCCCGGCUCACCAACCAGCCGUCGGACACCGUACGGCCGGCGUGCAAGAAGUGCGGCUACCCGGGCCACUUCACGUACCAGUGCCGCAACUUCCUCAAGGUGAACCCAAACAAAGACAUCGUGCUGGACGUGAGCAGCACGAGCUCGGAGGAGGACAGCGACGACGAGCAGUUCGUGUCGCCGUUGACGCAGCUUAACUUGGCGCGGGCGGCUGCCGCCGCAGCAACGGCGCCAUCGUCGUCCGACGCCGGUGCCAGCCGACAACGUCACCGGUCCUCGUCUUCGCACGAGAAGGCGAAAAAGAAGAAAAAAAAGAAGCGCCACCAUCGGUCGCGGUCACCCCGUCGGAGAAGCAGCGGUGAGGACCGCGACGGGCAACGCAAGGGGCGCGACAGCUGCCGCAAGAGCAAAAAGAGCGACCGCAAGAAGAGCAAGCACUCCUCCCGGGACGACAAGGAGUUUCGCCACAAGAAGAAGAAAAAGGGCAGCAGCAGCUGCUCCAGCGACUCUUCUACCGACAGUCGGUGACGCUUCGGCCCACUACUCAUUUGCGACGUGAACUCGCGUUGUGCGUCAGCGAAACCAUCGACCAGGGUGUAAUAGCAUGUCGCGCUGCAGAUCCGCAGAAAUGAAAUGUCUGUAUUCUCCUGCGCUGCCAUUUAAAGCGUAGUGUUGUGCAGAACAAACUUGUACUUUCAGCUAAUAACCGACCCUUGGAAAGCGACGGCAUUACCGUGGCCUACCGGAGUAGUGCCAGGGGAAGCGAAACGCAGUCGAUGGCGGCUGAGGUAGGGAGUGGCCAGAAAAUUAGCCGCCACCGAGUGUGCCCAUGGUAACUAGGGACUACAAUGAGAGGUGGGGGGGGGGGGGGGACUUGCAGUGAACUUGAUGGCGAGGAUAAUAAGUGUUUAAGAAGGCUGCAUAAUCAUGAUUGUACUGGUUGUUUAUAUUGUUACAAGGCGGGAGAUGUUUAUUUAGAUGGCUCAACACUAAAGCACUGGAUGGGGUGAGGUUGCCAGACCAAAAACGUCUGUCUUCCUUCUCUUUGGGUGUACAAACGCACCAUUAUAGUACGUAACCAUUCUUGUACAGUCAUCAUUUUGGGCAUAAUGUGAACAAACAGCAUAAAAAAUAUGGACAGUAAUCAGAGGAUGACGAACACUGGCACUGACUUGCCACUAAAGCUUUAGUAUGGAAAAUGACAAUUCUAAAGCAAUGUCUUCUAGUUCUUCUACGUGCUUUAUGCUCUGUGCGCAUUAUGGAGCCACACCAACAAGCUAAACUCUCAGUCAUGAUCAUUUUGGGCACAAAGCUCAGAAAUAAUUGAGUGAACUGGCUCAGCAGUGCAAGCAGAAGUGGCCUUUUUGCUACUACUGAUGCAACAUUUUGUGUUAAUUGGAUGCUGCUUGGAACCAGUUUGUUGCCACUAAGGCUGGCAGAAGGAGAUGCCAGAGAGUGGCAGUAAACAUUUCUUGUGCGGCAACUUUUCGCACUUUAGACCGUGCCUUCAUGGUAGCUCACUUCGUAAACCAGCAUCACGGGACCUAGAAUUUCGAUUGUCAUUUCACACAACACGCAGAGUACAAUCCAUAGAUGCACCCAUUCAGUGCACGUUAGCACCUUCAGGCACUGUGUGCACAACGGGGUAUGCCAAGAUAGUGCUUCAAGAAUGCUGAUGAAAAUAAUGAUAUUUAAAACAUGCCACAUACAUCUUGAAACACUUUUGACUGGACAUAUGCUGCAAGUUUAAUUAUGUGUAAAGUUUUUAAUAAAAAAGGGGUUUGAAAGUAGA